AUGGAAGUUAUUAAUCACCUUGACAGUCAACCUGCAGGAGUGGGAUUUUCAACCGUCAAGAAUAACCAAUAUCUCCCUGGUACAUUAAAUGAAGCUGCUCUUGAUUUCGCCCGUUUUCUGAAAGUCUUUUUUACGGAUGCGUUUCCUACGCUUCAGUCCAAUGAUCUCCAUAUUGCAGGAGAAUCGUUUGGAGGCCACUGGGUACCUUAUUUUGUUCAGCUUAUUGAGACAGAGAGACCACAUCACAACCCUGUGCUGUUUUCUGGUACAAUCAGGUCUGUGAUAUACGUCGAUGGGUAUAUUGACCCGGCGAUAUAUGCAGCCGGCUACUAUGACCUUCUCUGCCAUGGAGCCCAGGCUAUAUUCAAUCAGUCUACAUGCGAGAAAAUGGCGAAGGCUGUCCCAGAAUGUGAAAGACUUGGUCGAGAUUGCCUCGAGACCUAUGAUAAAGACAUAUGCACACAGUCAGCCAAAAUCUGCGAUAACACAAUGAAAUUUGCAUACGAUACUGAGAUUUCGGCUGGUCGUCGGAGUCCUUUUCACUGUGAGAAAACUCGUGUUCUUCGUAGCAGACUACUUGGACUGACUUCUUCCAUAGUAAAAAAAGGAUGCUCGCUAGAACAUCCUUGUGAACUACCUGAUGAGACUGAUCCAGCGGUGUACCUUAACCUCCCCCAUGUCAAAUCCCUUCUUAGAAUGCCGGAUUUUACAUUUAGCUGGUCGAAUGACGAUAUUGAGCAAGCUUUCAUGGAGAGCGGAGACAUGUAUAUCCCAUCGACACGUGAGGUUAUAUAUCUUCUCGACACUGUGGGAAUUGACACACUCGUUCUCAAUGGAGAGCUUGAUGUUGUAAUAAAUACGCCAGGGCAAAUCCGUGUCUACGACUCGCUUCCCUGGUCUGGUCAAGCUGAAUAUCGCGCUACUGACUUUCAUGAUUGGCAUUACAACUCCACAGAUACAGCUCUUUCCAAAACAAAAUUUACAAAAGGCGGAAGGAUAAAGGGUACGAACAAACUACUUUUCGCAACAGUAGAAGAUGCCGGACAUAUGUGUCCAGCCGACCAGAAGGAGGCGGUCGAGCAUAUCAUCACAUCUUGGAUACAUGGCAAUUGGGCCUCACUCUUCGAUUGA